AGCAUUUGGAAGUAACUGGACCUCUUUUUCGCUCUCUGAAGAGUUUGAGGGGAGGAAGGAGCAGUGCAUUUUCCAAAGCUAUGCAGGAGAUUCUUUGAUGGAUUACAAUCUCAGCAAACUCUAACUCGAGAAGAAGAAUGACAGCUAAGAGACUUAAACCAGACUUUUCACCAUCCUGGAAAGGAACUGGCUGCCAGUGUUUGGAGUUUUUUUAAUACUCUACCUCCCUCUGCUGUUAUCAGCGAGAAGUUUCUCUACAAUGGGAAAUCAUGUACUUGCAGCUUCGAUUUCCAUGCUCUCGCUCCUGGCAAUGAUGGGAGAUGCGGACAGUAAAACAGACAGUUCCUUCAUGAUUGACUCCGACCCCAGCCGCUGUAUGAGGCAUCACUAUGUCGACUCCAUCAGCCAUCCCCUCUACAAAUGUAGCUCGAAGAUGGUGCUGCUGGCUCGCUGCGAAGGGCGCUGCAGCCAGACGUCGCGCUCGGAGCCGAUGGUUUCUUUCAGCACCGUCCUGAAGCAGCCUUUCCGCUCCACCUGCCACUGCUGCCGGCCCCAGACCUCCAAGCUGAAGGCCAUGCGGUUGCGAUGCUCGGGGGGCAUGCGGCUCACUGCCACCUACCGCUACAUCCUCUCCUGCCACUGUGAGGAGUGCAACUCCUAGGGAUGAACAUGCCACAACAGAGAGGGGACUGGGAUGCUGCUGUUGGGGAAGGCUCCCAAGAAGCAACCCAAGGUGAGGCCGACGCUUCCAGCGUACGAUUGCAGUGAGGACAGGACUAACCAGGCUGGAUUGGAUCUGAGAGCUAAAGUGUAAAAUAUCCUGGGGUCCUGGAUGGCGCCGGUACCGAAGUGUGGGCUGUGGCAAAGGCAAAAGCACGAGGACUUGUUUUUAAGAAGCCUUUCUUUUUUUCUGAAAGGAAAUUUUUGUGAGUUUCUUCUUUUUCAGGCUCAGCUCUGACUACAGAGAGGUUCUUUUCCUUCAGGCCAAGGGCAGCAGGGGAAAAGAGAGGAAGGUCAUCCGGAUGACAGCACUGCAUUCUGGAAGUUGGCAUUCCGACAGAGGAUGGGCAUCAGUUCCCACAUAAAACCUCUUAACCUAUCAAUUUAUUCUCAGCCUCUUAGUUAUAUUUGCCUUCAAAACAAACUGUGUUCUUGGCAAGGGUUAUCUAUUACUGAUCUAGCAGCUGAGCGCUGGGUAACUUUAACUGUGGUUUAGCAGAAAUUACAAAUAAAUCAUUGAAAAGUGAA